GAAAAAAUAAGAAAAAAACAAAAAAGUUUUCGAAACGGUCUUUCUCCGUCACCUAACCUCUGAAGUCACAGCAGGUGAUCUCUCUCUCCUUCUCUCGAGAGAAAUGUCGAACGCGGGAUUGACGAUUUUCGACGGUGAAGUGCUUAGAUCCAUCGAUCUCAAGCUACCGGAGCUCGAACAUACCGUCACCGGAGCUCAGCUUCUUGAAAUCUCUGAAUCUAAGGUUUCUGAGUCUCUCUCGGGCCUCUCACUGCCGCCGCACCUCAAAGAAGCGGCGAUCUCCAGAGUAUCCUCAGGAGACGAAGUCAAUUUCCGGCGUACGGAUUUCAACAGCCAACAAGCAUCUGAGAAACUCGGAGUAUUUGUCUCCGCCGUUGCCGAUGCUCUUAGAGAUACUCCAAUUGUGGUCUCAAUUCUGGAUGGGAGUACGUUGAAGUUAUUUUUGGAGGAUGAGGAUGAUUUUGCAAUGUUGGCAGAGAAUCUGUUCACCGAUUUAGAUGAAGAAGAUAAAGGAAAGCUUUGCAAGAGCGAGAUACGAAAAGCUCUUUUACACAUGGGUGUUGAGAUGGGUGUCCCUCCACUCUCAGAAUUUCCCAUCUUAGAUGACAUCAUCAAGAAGCACGAUGCUGAUGGUGAUGAAGAGCUUGGACAAGCACAGUUUGCUGAACUAUUGCAGCCAGUUCUACAAGGUAUAGCAGACGUCCUUCAUGAGAAACCAAUAACCAUUGUCCAGAACGUUGAGAUUUUCACUGGAUCAAGGCUGCGUAAGAUUCUGGCAGACGAGAAGACGCUCAAGUGUCUCGUAGAGAAAAUGAUCUCGGAAGAGUCUAAAGGGAAAGACAGCCAAGGACGGGCAGAUCUUAUAAAGAGUUUGAUAAUAAAGAACGGGAAAGAGUUGGGAUUGCCUCCAUUAUCUUCAGAGAACGAAUCAGUGGCUCUUCUCUAUGACAACAUAUUUUCUCAGUUAAAUAACAGAGAGAAAGGAAGCGCUGAUGCUUCCACAGAAGAGGGGUUUAUGGAUGCUGUCAAAGAUGUACUCAGGAAAUUUGAGGAGUUGCUCGAAACCACACCGGUAUAUUCUGCUAUUACCAAUCUCUAAAGCUGGCCAUUAUACUCCGUAUAUUCCGUAAAUCGAUCAUUAACUUAAAGAGAGAAAGACAGCGAAGAUUCACAUAAUCUUUGAGAGGUAUAUUAUUAUUGUAUAUCUGAGAAUCUCAGUCACACCCCAAUUGUCUUUCCCAUUUGGUCUGAAUCAAAAAUAUGGAUGAUAGAUGAUUUUGUUCAAAAGUAAAGCAAUUAAGUAUUUU